GCAACAACUCAUACGAGUAAUAUAUCUGAACCUUGCUUCCUAUCUAUCAGUAAAACUCCCAAUUUCUUUCUAUUACCUCAAAACGCACUAGACAGUAGUUAUUGAUUUUCAACGUCUCCGAUUUCUAAUUUUCUAUAGCCCAAACAAGCCCUGUGAUCCUACAAAAAGUUGUUGAUUAUUUAUGCCGCCUUAACGUUACUCGUAAAAAAUCCAACCCUAAAAUCAAUUCACUCCAUACACUUUCACUUCAAUCAAUCAAACAAACUCUUCUCUCCUCUUUGUUUUUCUCGAUUAUCUGAAUUCUGAACUCUCUGCUUCUUCUCACCGUUCAACAAUGGAAGCCCAAAACCUCUCUGAAACUUUACCUCAAUCUUUAGAUCCCUACUCUUCUCAACCACCUCUCCAAACCCUAGUUUCUUACCCAGAACACGACCAACCACCCCAAUCCCUAGCUCCGACACCGCCAAUUGAUCCGCCUCAAAUUCAAUCAUUCGCGCAACCACACACCCUAGAUUCGCAGUUCCAGAACAAUAACUAUCACGAGAACGGGAAUGGUUUGAGUGAAUCAUUGCCGAAAACUCAAAGCGGGACCACUACCGCCGACAGAGAUCAAUCGGGCGGUGAAGAGGAGACCACUAGCCGUAAGAAACGUCGGAGCAGAUGGGACCCACCGCCUUCAUCGGAGGAUGCCUCCACCGGAGAUGGUACCGGAAGAAAGAGGAAGUCUCGGUGGGCUGACGACGAGCCCAAACCGGCGUUUCAGUUGCCUGAUUUCAUGGGAGGUAUUGAAUUCGACCCUGAAGUUCAGUCUCUUAAUAGUAGACUUCUUGAAAUCAGUAGGAAAUUGCAAUCUGGAUUGCCAUUAGAUGAUAGACCUGAAGGUGCUAGAUCACCUUCCCCCGAACCGGUUUAUGAUAACAUGGGAAUUAGGAUUAAUACUAGGGAGUAUCGUGCUCGUGAGAAAUUGAAUAGAGAGAGACAGGAGAUUAUAUCACAGAUUAUUAAGAAAAACCCUGCCUUUAAGCCCCCGGCUGAUUACCGGCCCCCGAAGCUUCACAAGAAGCUUUAUAUUCCUCAGAAGGAGUUCCCAGGUUAUAAUUUCAUUGGGUUGAUUAUUGGGCCAAGGGGGAAUACCCAGAAACGAAUGGAGAAGGAGACUGGGGCAAAGAUUGUGAUUCGGGGUAAGGGUUCUGUUAAGGAAGGGAGGUUGCAACAAAAGCAAAAUUUGAAACCUGAUCCUUCGGAGAAUGAGGAUUUACAUGUUUUGGUGGAGGCUGAUACACCGGAUUCACUCGAGGCUGCUGCUGCUAUGGUGGAGAAGCUACUGCAGCCGGUGGAUGAAGUGCUUAAUGAGCAUAAGAGGCAGCAACUUAGGGAGCUUGCUGCUUUGAAUGGGACUAUUAGAGAUGAGGAGUUUUGUAGGCUUUGUGGUGAGCCAGGGCAUCGACAAUACGCCUGUCCUUCGAGGACCACAACGUUUAAGAGUGAUGUGCUCUGUAAGAUUUGUGGUGAUGGUGGACAUCCAACUAUUGAUUGUCCUGUAAAGGGGACAACUGGGAAGAAGAUGGAUGAUGAGUACCGGAACUUUUUGGCUGAGUUAGGAGGUACAGUCCCUGAUUCUUUGGCCAAAAAUGAUGAUUGCCCUUCCCCUGCUGGAUCUGGUGGUGCUGGAAGCAACCCGCCUUGGCAGAGUAGCAGCAAUCCCAGCAAUUCACAUCCUGGAUUAGGUUCUAAUCUUGGUAAACCUAAAGACUAUGAUGAUACCAAUUUGUAUAUUGGCUACUUGCCACCUAAUCUUGAUGACGAUGGCUUGAUACGCCUAUUUACUCCUUUUGGUGAAAUUGCGAUGGCUAAGGUUAUUAAAGACCGUGUAACUCAGUUGAGCAAAGGUUAUGGUUUUGUGAAGUAUUCCAAUAUUGAGCAGGCCAAUACUGCUAUUACUAGCAUGAAUGGCUAUCGUUUAGAUGGCCGAACAAUUGCAGUUAGAGUUGCUGGGAAACCUCCUCAACCCACCGCUUCCCAACCCCCUGCUGCUCCGGCAAUGCCACCAUAUCCAGCUGCAAAUCAAGGUCCUGGCGCCUAUCCGUCUCAGCAAUACGCAACUGGUGGGCCUCUUGGUGGCACGCCUCAGGGGAGCUAUGGUGCUCCUGUCCCUUGGGGACCACCAGUGCCUCCACCUCCUUAUGCUGCCUAUCCCCCUCCACCUCCUGGAUCAACUUAUUAUCCUUCUGUUCAGAAUCACUCGUUGCCCCCUUAUGGUAUUCAGUAUCCUCCUCCAUCUGGCCCAAAUAGCACCUCUACCCAAACUGUGCCUCCUGGUGACUCGCAACAAAAUUUCCCGCCUGGUGUGCAAUCUCAGAGUGGCACUUCUGUUCAAUCCCCCACUUCUGGUGGAUAUGGUUCAUCAGCUACGAUGGCACCCCCUGCACCACCUACCUACUUGCCGUCAUCUUAUGGUUAUUCACCUUAUUAUGGAGCACCUCCUCCUCCCCCUCCUACCGAUCAUCUACAGAGCAUGCAUAAUGUCCCUUGGGCGUCAAAUCCUCCACCACCUGUACCGGCUUCAGAAAAGACAACACAGGGAGUAGAUAUGGAGUACGAGAAGUUCAUGGCAGAGAUGAAGUGAUUUUGGUUUGGCAUACUGCUUCAUUGCAAAUAGGCAUCAUGUUUCUUGGAGCUCUUGUGAACCUGAUUUCUUACCCUAUUGCCAUGACUUGUUGGAAGUUUAGGACUCACCUCUUUAACCUUGCUGUACUGUUAUGACAUUUGCAGAGACGUGGGAUACAAGGGGUCCUCCUCCAGACUCUAUUAUAGCAACUCUGAAGUUCAUUUGUUUUUUACGUUUUCUUAUGCAGGAUAUUCUCUGUAGUGGGGUUUCAUGGCAUUCAUGGAUCGCUUCUAUUUUUGUUUGAUAUAUUUUGUGCUGUCAAGACAACCAAAAUGUUACCUGGAUAAGACUUGUUGCUCCUGUUUUGUAUUUUAAUUUUGUCGACUAUAAUAUUUUAUCGUCAUACAUUUUUCUUAUCGUCA